GAUAACUAUGACCAAUAUUUCUGGAUAUCUGGAGUGUCCAUACCCGUUAAUCAGUGUGGCUUUAUGAGCAGUCGAAGCGCUAAUAUUGGCACUCAAAACUGCAAUAAUCUGCUGCCGUUCGUUUGUGAGCAAGGUGUGAAACCAUAUGAAGAUCCUCCACUUUGGCGAACAGGCGUCAUUGUGACAGCCGCAGUUCUUGGUGCUUUAGUAGCAGUAAUCGUACUGUUGGCGUUGUGUUGGUGUCGAAAGUCGAGAAAACGAGUUGAAGAGGAGAUGAAUCGAAAAGAAUUCAUCCGUACGUCAUUGAGAUUGACGAAGAUGGAGAAACAACGUCGAGAUAACGAAUUGUGGAGUAGAACA